CCUGCGAACUAGCUCUCCCUUCUCAUUCUCAACCUCUCUGCUCUCGGAAAUCUCUCGCUCUCUCUCUCUGUGUCGGCGCCUCUGAUUUGAGGGCACAGCGAGACACAGUGACGACGACCCAUCAUCAACGCUCGGUCCUUCUUUGUGGGUCUUCUUCUCUCCUUUGAAAUUUCCCUUCUUCUUUUCUCUUUUGCAGGAUUUCGACCCAGCUCCUCUGCUGCCGGGACCAUGGCUUCACAGGGCGAGAAGGGUUCUCUGGAUCCUUACCAGGAAUACCUCCACCAGAAGAAUUCUCGAGAAAACGGCUUCUUACGACUUUUCUGUCGCCAUUCUCUUAUAACAUUCAUCGCAGACAGAGAGAAACCAUACGUUGGAUAGAUUCAUCCCGAACCGCUCAGCUAUGGACUUCGACUACGCUCGUUCCCUCUUCACUCUAGGGAAGAAGUGGAAGGAGAAGUCUGCCGUGAUGUCAACAUCAAGUGACGCGUACCAGAAAUUUCUCGCGGAUGCACUCGACAUGAACCGAUCCCGGAUCCUGGCAUUUAAGAACAAGCCGCCCACCCCGGUUGAGCUAAUCCCACAAAGCUGGCUCUCACCCGCGACUUCCCAGUCUAAAUCCACCAAGCCCAGUCGAUCGAUACCCAAGACGUGCCAGAGGAUGCUUGAAGCCCCUUAUAUAUUGGACGAUUAUUACUUGAACUUGCUGGACUGGGGUGCCAACAAUAUGGUAGCAAUUGCUCUUUCGCAGUCAGUGUACUUGUGGAAUGCCUCCGACGGCUCUGCUACAGAACUGGUGACCUUCAAUGAUGAGGAGGGUCCUGUCACGAGCGUGAGCUGGGCUCCUGAUGGUCAGAAUAUCGCCAUUGGCUUACAAAAUUCUCAUGUCCAGCUAUGGGAUUUCUCUGCUCAAAGACAGCUGAGAACUUUUAGAGGAUGCCAUCGACUCCGAGUUUGUUCCUUGGCCUGGAACAAUCACAUACUCACGACAGGAGGUAUGGAUUGUAAAAUCACUGACAAUGAUAUAAGAAUUAGAUCGCACAUAGUUGGAACCUACAGGGGGCACCGCCAAGAAGUUUGCGGGCUGAAGUGGUCGCCCUCAGGAAAACAGCUGGCUAGCGGAGGAAAGGAUAAUCUCCUCUACUUGUGGGAUAGGUCCAGAUCCUCUUUGAAUUCAGGCACUCAGUGGCUUCACAGGAUUGAAGACCACACGGCUGCUGUGAAAGCCCUUGCUUGGUGCCCGUUUCAGAGCAACUUACUGGCCUCGGGAGGGAGCGACAGGAGCAUAAAAUUUUGGAACACGUGCACGGGCGCGUGUCUGAAUUCAGUGGACACCGGUUCUCAGGUGUGCGCGCUGCUGUGGAGCAUGAGGGAGAGGGAAUUGCUAAGCUCUCACGGGCUUCCUGAGAACCAGCUCAUUCUUUGGAAGUAUCCAUCUAUGGGAACGAUGACAGAGUUGACUGGACACGCAUCUAGGGUUCUGUUCCUGGCACAGAGUCCGGAUGGAUGCACGGUGGCAUCUGCAGCAGCAGAUGAAAAAUUGAUGUUCUGGCGUGUAUUCGGGAUACCAGAAUUGGCUAAGCGGGCACCCAAAACCUCUUCUGAGCCAUUUGCCCAUUGGCACAGUAUCCGCUGAACUCUAACAGAUUGACUGGUGGUCAUAAUUUUGCCACUGCUGCCCAAGACCAGGCUAUUUGCUUAACCAACAUUGGAGAUGUGUUCUUUUGGAGCUGCAAGUUGAUAUUCAGACGGGAGAUUGUCGCGUAAGUGUAGCUGCAAACUGAUUGGCCAUAUAUAUUCAAUCUCAAAAUUGCUCUUUUUCUCCAUUUAAUGUCUGUCUCUUGUUUGGAUUGGCUGGAGACCACGUGGCAUGUGUGGAUGAUUGCAGUAACUCUUUCAAAGAAGGAACUGGACACAUCGGCUGUUGUUGAGUUCAUGGUGUUCUUCUCUUGUCAUUGAUUCUUCAUAUUGAGAGUUAGACAUAUUAAGAGCUUGGUGCUUUAUCCAUCAUAAGGCGCAAGUGCCCUCUAUUGCAGGUAUCAGCCUCCAUUGCCUGUUGAGAUGGUGAAGACAUCAUCAGAGCUUUAUUCUGAGGGAAGUACUUCAAGAAAUCAUUCUGUCGCUAUUGUCUACCAAUGACUGUUAUGUUGUUUCUCUAGGUUUCUUCUAAUUAUAUUCCUCAUUUAAAUAGGUAGAUCACCUAGUGGGCGAGGAAGAGGUCGCGGGGGCAGAGGAAGACCAAGAGCUAGAGGGAAUGGCUUUGUGAAUUCCGAGUAUAAUGAUGGAGGUUGGGGCUGCAACCAAGGUUAUGCUAGAGGUAGGGUCAAGGAAGAGGACAUGGUUUUUGUGGCUGCGGAAGGGGAGGAUAUAAUGGACCUCAUGCUGAUCCACGGCAAGACAGAGGAUACAAUCAAGAACCACCUGCUCAGGAGAGGAGGGUUUAAUUCGCUGAUGCCGGCGAAAACGAACAGAUAGCUCAAUUUAGAAGAAUUGAAGGUGUAAUUUUUCUUCUUUAUGGUUUGGUUUGAGCAUGGCACGCUCAUCGUUUUGUUUUACAGUUACUAGGUUUCCUCAAAGAAGGAAGUUUGUGGUUUUUACUAGAUGAUCUUGUAAUGCCAUCGAGGACUAUCUUAGCUAUUUCCUGUAUUAAAUGGUCUCUUUCAUUUUGUGAUA